AUGGACCAUGGUCAGUAUGUUGAGACAGUUCGCCACAUUAUCGCAAAUGCUCUUGUGGUUUCACGAGAUGCAGUGGAUUUGUUUGAUGAGGAUGGAAAGACUGCGCUUCAUGCUGCUUGUAUGAAUGGCUGGGAGGUCCAAGUCAUUGAACUGAUACGAGCUGGCGCCGACGUGAACAAGAGAUGCAAGUAUGUUGGGCAAAGUCCUCUUUUCUUCGCAACGAAAUGGGAGCAUGCCAACAUAAUGAAAAUUCUUCUUGAUUCUGGAUCAGACCCGGAGCAAGAGGAUAAGUUUGGAAGAUCUACUCUUCGAUGGGUAACAAUGCAGCCAAACCAAGACGCUAAGAUGGAUAACACUCUGCAGCUGUUGAGAAGGAAUAGCCCAUAA